AUGGAUGCUGGUUAUUCUCGGUUAGCUGGAUAUGGUCAAUGGGAAAAGCUGCCUCUUUGGACCUUGGAGCGUGAGCUGGUUAACCAGGACAUCGCAGAAAAGGAAAGCAUCAAAGUGCUGGAAAAGGCCACAGUGCCCAUCGUGAAGAUGACGGACAAAUACUCUGAUGUCAAGGUUGAUAUUUCGUUCAACAUGAGCAGUGGAGUGAAGAGUGCCGAGCUGAUAAAACAGUUUAAGGAAAAAUACCCAGUACUCUCGCGGCUUGUGAUGGUGUUAAAACAGUUCCUUCUCCAACGAGAUCUAAACGAGGUCUUCACCGGAGGCAUCUCUUCAUAUUCCCUGAUCCUGAUGUGCAUCAGCUUUCUCCAACUCCAUCCACGGCCUGAAAGGCUUCGGCAGACCCAUAACCUUGGGGUGUUGUUAAUAGAGUUCUUUGAGCUAUAUGGAAGAAAGUUCAACUAUGUGAAGACAGCGAUACGGGUUAAGAAUGGUGGAAGUUAUUUGUCUAAGGAUGAACUACAGAAGGAAAUGAAUGACGGUCACCGCCCAUCCCUAUUAUGUAUCGAAGAUCCGCUCACACCGGGUAACGAUAUUGGCCGCUCAAGCUAUGGCGCCCUACAAGUCAAACAGGCAUUCGACUAUGGCUACAUAAUCCUGCAGCAAGCGAUAAGCGGGGCGUUGGGGGCGCACCACAGUGCCUUAGGGCGCGUAGUGCGUGUCACAGACCACGUGUUGCAAUACCGGCGAUGGGUGCAAGACACGUUUCACCCGUUUUUCUUCCCGAUCCACAUUACUGCCCAAAUCCCGCAGCCUCCGCCCGCCCUGCCUGCUCCGCCCACCGUCGCGUGCCCAGAGCCCAGCGAUAGCGAACCGGAGUGGUCAGAUGGAUCAGGUGGCGCACCAAGUGGAAACGGCGGCGAGACGGGCCGUCGCACGUCGCCGCCGCCAUUAUCAGCGCUGCAAUGCUCGUCUCCGACGCCGCGACGCGUUUCGGCGCACCAGAGCCUCAUCAUUCAUCAUAUCACUAGCAAUUCUGACUUCAAUAAUAUACCUUCAGGUGUGAUGCAGCAGCGGUUUAACAACAAUAACACGAGCAACAACACCACCACCACCAACAGCAACAACAACGCUAACAACAACACCACUCCCAGCAGUGGGGAGCAGAAACCGCGGUCCAGCCGUUCGUUUUCCUCCAAACAGCGGCGAUAUACGUCACCACCUCGGUACCGUGAACCUCGUUCGAAUAAGAAAAGGCGACAGUUCGCCCAGCCCCGAUGA